AUGGUCCCAAAGCAAAAGACGGCGUCGGCCCGACGCGCGACGUCGUGUGCGUCCACUACUUCGCUGUCCGUCAUGGCCGGGUUCGUCCGCGUCGAGAUGGACGGCGAGAAGCAGCGCAAGCGCUCGCUCUCGGCCUCGUCGCCGUGCUCCGUGGCCACGUCCCAAGGCCGGGCAAGCGCCAAUCCCAAAGUGUUUUCGCGCUGGCUCUACGGCGUCCUGCGCGGCGACACGCUGCUGCUGUACUGGCGGCGGACCGACUACAAGCGCAAGACGCCGCCCUUGGACACGCUCGAGCUCGAGAUGCAGGCGGCGGCGGCCAACGAGAGCGUCUUUGGCUUUGACAACGAGUGUCUGUACGUGCGCGUGCGGGCGUCUGGCCGAGUCGUUGCGCUCCGCAUCCACGAGCGCAAAGAGAUUGUGCGGUGGGUGACGGCGCUCUAUUACAAGAGCAUCGAUAGUAGUGGUAGUACUGCUACGACUACUGCUACAAACAAAGGGAACGGUCGGACCGACGAGACACGAAAUUGGCCACAGCAGCAAUUACAGCGACACGCUGUGGGAUCGACGGCGCUCGGGACGCGUCGAAAGCGCGUGUCGUUUCAGGAGGAGCCGCAGGUGCACGUGCUGCCGGAGGAGCUGUACGACCGCGCCGAGUUGUUUUACUCGGAGACGGACUAUGAGCAGUUUCUGCUCGAGCGGCCGUCGCAACUGUCGAGUCUGAUGAGUGCUAUUUAUGCUAAGACAGCGGCCAAGCUGCGUGUAUCGAGGAAGCGAUGA